AUGCUUUACAGAAACCUCGUUCUCGCCCUUGCAGGGUUUACAGGUGUUGUGUCGUCUAUUCCUCUAGGGACUCGAGACCUCGAUCAGUCGCAGCCUGUUGUCCGCAUGAGAGUCCCGACAACUGGUGGCAUUAAUAGGGGGUUUCAACCCCGCGGCCCGCCAGCUAUCGCCGCUGGGGCAGAAAUCGUGGACGAGGCGGAUGAGGCAGAUUAA